UAAUUGCUUGAUCUUUCCCUCUCUCACUUAGUCAAAUAUCAUUCCCUUAGUUUCCUGGAAACUUCCUCCUCUGCAGUAAAGAAAAGAAGAAGAAGAGUAUCACAUACAGUAACCAUUGAUGGCCUCUUUCAACCAGCAAAGAUCUGUUCCUAAGUUCAAGUCAGCAACACCGUCUCCACUUCCUCUCUCUUCCUACUUCUCUAUGCCUCCUGGUCUUACUCAAGCCGACCUUCUUGACUCUCCUCUUCUCUUCACUUCCUCUAACGUUUUGCCAUCUCCAACGACAGGCACGUUUCCUUUGGAAUCUCUGAACUGGAAGAACAACGGUUUGCUUACCAACCGGAAUGAAAUCAAAGCUGAAGAUGGGAAGGAGGAGCACUUUGAUUUUGCCUUCACUACCAUCCAGACAUCUCCUCCUUUGUUCCUAUCUCAUUUUCAGACAGAAGAUCAGCGUUCAACCCAAGUGGAUGUACCCAAAUUUGAGUCAUCAGGUAACAAAACCUCUGAAGAUGGAUACAACUGGAGAAAAUACGGACAGAAGCAAGUCAAAGGAAGCGAAAACCCUAGGAGUUACUUCAGAUGCACGUAUCCAAACUGCCUCACAAAGAAGAAAGUAGAGACUUCUCUUGUGAAGGGUCAUGUCACUGAGAUUGUCUAUAAAGGAAGCCACAAUCAUCCCAAACCUCAGUUCACUAAGAGGUCAGCUUCCACUGCAGCAACAAAUGACGUCAGUUCUCAUCAGAGUGGUGGUGAAGAUAACGUAGAUGCCAAAAGAGGGAAAAGAGAAGAGGCUGUGAAGGAGCCAAGAGUGGUAGUUCAGACAACAAGUGAUAUAGACAUUCUUGACGAUGGUUAUAGAUGGAGAAAGUAUGGUCAGAAAGUCGUUAAAGGCAAUCCAAAUCCAAGGUUUUGUUUCUUUUUUUGUUCUCAACUUCAGUUACAAGGAGGCGCUUAUUUACCUAAAACGUGUGAUGCACGCAGGAGCUAUUACAAGUGCACCUUCACAGGAUGUUGCGUAAGGAAGCAAGUGGAGAGAGCAUUCCACGACGCAAAGUCAGUGAUCACUACUUACGAAGGAAAGCAUAACCACCAAAUCCCAAACCCAAAGAAGACGUCACACCUCAACAUGAUCUCAGACUGUGUCAGCUUUUAGUUUUUUUCAGAACGUUAUGUAACAAAUGAUGUAAUAAACAUAGAAAAGGCACAUGCUAUUAGCUGACAUUUUGAAGUAAAGGCAAAUCCAUUCACUUUCUUUAUA